UGGUUGAGCCAGUCCUCCCUCGAUCUGUUUCGGCCAAUCGGUUUUUCUUUCAGUGAUGAUGUAUUAGUUCCGGAAAAAUGGCGGCCCGCUGAGUGAGGGCGACUUUGGAUAUUUAGAGAGAAAUUAUGGACUCGUAGCUUUGAAUUUAAAGUGUGAAAUGGUCGUGUCUUUGUUCUUGAGAGGGUCCGCCUGGCAGGCGACAGUGAGAGCAGCGGUCCGGAGCAGCAGAUUCUACAGCAAGCUGCAGUCAUCUGACAGCCUAACAGAGCGCUUACAGCUUUUCGAGUCUCUACGUGAGCGGCAUGUGCAGGUAACUGGAGCACCGGGACAAGAACUGAUCAUCCGAUUGGCUGAUGGCAAAACAGUGAAAGGGGCAGCUGGUGUCACAACACCAUUACAGAUAGCACAAAAUGAACGUCUUAAAGGUGUGGUUGUGGGCAGAGUGAAUGGAGAAUUGUGGGAGCUCGGUCGCCCUCUUGUGGCAGAGUGUGAACUGCAACUGCUGGGUUUCGACUCACUAGAAGGAAGACAGGUGGUGUGGCGGACAGGAGCGUGUGUGUUGGCGAAUGUGUUGGAGAAUCACUUCAGAGCUCAAGUGUGUCGUGAGGGAGUGUCAGACACAGGUCUCUACUGUGAUUACCAGCUCCAAAACAACACUCUGUCUCUGUUGGAGGUGGAGCAGAGGUGUAAAGAUGCCGCAGGUACGAAGAUGCCCAUCACUAAGCUUGAGCUCACUGUACAAGAACUGAAACAGCUCUUCCAGGAUAACACUGUCAGACUGCAGCUGGCUGAAGAGCAGAUGAUGGGAAACACAGUCAGUGUCUACAGGUGUGGAGACAGUAUUGGUGUGUGUUCAGGUGUUCUUCUGCCACAUUCAGGUUUCCUGAAGGCCUUUAAGAUGCUGCAGGUGUCUCCUGUAACUCUGUCUGGUUCGGCAGAGGCAUCUGGUAUACUGAGGUUGAUUGGUGUUGUGUUUCCAGGACAAAGGGAGAAAGAGGAAUGGGAGAGAGAGCAGGAGGAGGCCAGAAAGAGAGAUCACCGACGGAUCGGGAAGGUGCAGGAGUUGUUCUUCUUUCAUGAUGUCAGUCCUGGCAGCUGCUUCUUUAUGCCUAAAGGAGCUCAUAUAUACAACACACUCACUGACUUCAUAAAGAGUGAGUACAGGAGGCGGGGCUUCAGCGAGGUCGUGACCCCAACCCUGUACAGUACGUCGUUAUGGAAACGGUCAGGUCACUGGGAGCAUUACAGUGAGAACAUGUUCACGGUGACCUGUGAGCCGCACACCUUCGCUCUCAAACCCAUGAACUGUCCCGCGCACUGUUUGAUGUAUGAGCAGAGGGUACGUUCAUGGCGUGAGCUGCCCAUUCGCUGGGCAGAUUUUGGAGCUCUACACCGUAAUGAACACUCGGGCGCGCUGGGGGGUUUAACCAGAGUCAGACGCUUCUGUCAGGACGACGCGCACAUCUUCUGCACACCUGAACAGCUGGAGGGGGAGAUCACGGCAUGUUUGGACUUUGUGAGGAGUGUAUAUCAUGUAUUCGGUUUCUCCUUUCACUGUCUCCUCUCCACACGACCAACACCCUGUCUGGGAGAGCCCGCCCUCUGGGACUGUGCCGAGCAGCAGUUGGAGAACAGUCUGAAGCAGUUUGCUGAGCACUGGGAGUUAAACCCUGGAGAUGGGGCGUUUUAUGGACCAAAGAUCGACAUCCAGAUCCGUGACGCACUGGGCCGACAGCACCAAUGUGCCACGAUUCAGCUGGAUUUUCAGCUGCCAAUCAGAUUUAACCUGCAGUAUGUGGGGGCUGAUGGAGAGAUGUACAGGCCUAUCAUGAUUCAUCGGGCAGUGCUGGGGUCCCUGGAGAGAAUGAUUGCAAUCCUGGCUGAAAACUUCGGUGGGAAAUGGCCUUUCUGGUUGUCUCCAGUGCAGGUGAUGGUUCUGCCUGUAGGAGGCAACAGUGAGACAUACGGGCAAGAGGUGGUUCAGAGACUGAAGGAAGCUGGCUUCAUGGCUGAUAUUGAUGAUGAUCAUGGUGCCACCUUAAAUAGGAAAAUCCGUUCCGCACAGCUCUCCCAGUACAAUUAUAUAUUCGUGGUUGGAGAGAAAGAGCGUGAAAAUGGCACUGUAAGUGUGCGGACGAGAGGGGGCAAACAGCUCAGGCAGAAACCACUGGAGGAAGUGAUGACAUUACUGACAGAAAUCAGAGACAGACGCACCAAUCAGGAGGAAUUUUAAACACAUCAGAUACACUCAGAAGUGGCUAGAUGAUGUUAAAGCAGACUCCGGUACAUCAAACACAUGCUGAGAAGUGCUGCAGCUUCAAUUUUCUUUUUAUUUGUAUUUAUAAGAAAAAAUAAACUUUUAAAUUCAGUGUCUCUUUAUUUGUGGGCACACAUAGUACUUAAGGUGUCCAACUGUUCUUGUAUAGUUUUUAUGUGUAGUAACUAGGACUGUCAAUCAAUUAAAAAUAAUUAAUGACAUGCCAAAUAAAGAUCAUUAAAUCUAAAUAAUACAUAAUUCAAAUAAGUAUUUAAUAUAUAUAUAUAUAUAUAUAUAAUUCAGAUAUUCAGACUGAAAUAGAUUUUUUGUAAAAAAAAGAAAGCAUUGAUUAGACAAUAUAAAAAGUGAGUUUAGAAGUCAAUAUAUAGUAUGUUUUUUUUUUCCCAAAUGUACGUGUCUUCAAGUAAUGUUUACCGCAGACCUUAUUUUACUCAUUUAAAUAAAAAUACAAAAAUAAACAGGAAAUUCCCAAGGGAACCCAUGUCAAAUUAGCCUUCGAGGUUGGUCUACAAAUAAACAAAGCCAUCGGUUAAUGCAGACUUUCUAAACUCUUGUCUCAUUUAAAGACUGCUUUAAAGGGAUAGUUCACCCCAAAAUUUUAAUUCUCUCAUCAUUUACUCAUACCUUCCAAGAUGUGUAUGACUUUCUUCUGCUGAACACACAAAUAUUUUUAGAAGAAUAUCUCCGCUCUGUAAGUCCAUACAAUGCAAGUGAAUGGUGACCAGAACUUUGAAGCUACAAAGGCAGCAUGAAAAGUAAUCCAUACGACUGCAGUGGUUUAAUCCAUGUCUUCAGAAGCGAUAUGAGAGUGAAUUUGUUUUCGUGCAUAUCGCCACCUACUGGGCAGGGAGGGUAAACGAUGAAUGAAUUUUCAUGUUUGGGUGAGAUAUUUCUUUAACGAUUAACGUAAUAAUGAUUAUAGCGCUAAUGUAAAAUUACAAGAUAUUUCAAAUGGAACCAUUAGCAUUGAGAUAUAUUAAGAUUAUUAAAGGGUGAAUUUAAUCUACAUCCUGGUUAAAUAGGUGAAUGUGGUUUCAUGUUGUCUUUAUAUGAACUAAUGUUAAUUUAAGUUAAACUUGUAGAAAGUGUUACCAUUUUGUCAGCACUUUUUUAUUAAGUUUUAUUUGCUAUGACAAUAAAUUCUGCCUGCGAAAUCUGCAUCAUCACGUUAUGAAACGUGGGCCGAUCUUUUUAUAUGGCAGUCCAGAAUGAGUGUUUGACAAAAUAGGACUGAUGGAAUUAAAAGACGGUGGGAAAGGCUGAAUGGGGUGUUGUUGAUGAAACAGGAUAAAGUAGCACAGGUCAGGGACGGAUGAGAUCCCUUUGUAUUUUUGCUUUAUUAGAAGAAACAAACGAGAAUGGGAAGGACAUGAGUCACGGUGAGUGGAGGUCAUGGCUAACACACACUCCAACAAAUGUAUACUGGAUAAACAAAGGGCUGACCUUUCCAGGCGACGUUUCUGACGCACUUUAUAAAUAUGUGCAUUAGGUUAUGGGAGUUUGGCUGAAGGCUGUGUCUCCUUUCGAAGGCUGCGUGCUAGGUACUGAGCGUCGAGUUAGGCGGGAAGAAUGUCCCUUUAGAAGGGAAUGUAUGAGGUAAAUUUUAGGAGAGUUAUAAAGAUGUUAAGAGAAAAGAAAAUAGAUUUUACAGGUGUGCUUUUAGUCUAUAAUACUUUAUUUUAAUGAUAUAUUAACCCUGGAGAACCCACAGGAUCAAAUUUGGCCGCUGUUAAUUGCUGCUACCCAAAAUGAACAAAAAAAUAAAAAUUGUCAAAUUUAACUUCAAAAUCCCACAGUGCCACUUCCGGCCCCUGCAUAGAGACACCUAGUGGAUGAAUAUUGAACUCACAAGUGCCAGAGUGGUAGUAACAAGAUGGCUGACCACAUGUUGUUUUGUUGAGCUGGAAACCUAUCCGAACAAAAUCGUCUUCUCAGCAAACCAGCGGUUGGUAAAAUUGUGUAUUUUUUGUUAAUCUAUUUAGUAUUAGCUUGCAGAAUGCCUAGAAGUACGUUUUAUAUUAUUUUUGGAUAAAUUAGCGACUCUGAGCUAGUUCAAAAAACGAUGGGCCAAUGACCCUCUGGGUGUAUGGGUUAAACAAAUGUCGGGUCAAAAAUGACCCUUUGGUUCUUUGAGUGACUUUGAUGGAGAAUGGUGACAGUCCUGUAUUUGGC